ACCUAACAAGACGGAACGUUUCUUAUUCCUCUUUCCUUCUUCUUUUUCCCUUUUCGCUUCUGCUGCUUCUUCAACACUAUACACCUGUGUAGAGGGAGGAGAGAGAGUCUCUCUCUCCCUCUCUCUCUGUGUCUAUAUAUACACACAAACAUAUAUGUAUAAAUCUUGACAAAAGGGAGCAGCAAAAGGGUCUUUUUUUCUUUGGGCAAUGGGAGAGAAGAGAGGUGAGAAGGAUAGAGGGGUGCUUUUGCUGGAUGGGUUAAUUGGGGGGAUGCCUGUUUUUGUGAAGGAGCUGGUUGCUGGUGGGGUGGCUGGUGGCUUUGCCAAGACUGCUGUUGCACCACUUGAGCGCAUCAAGAUCUUGUUCCAGACCAGGAGAGCUGAGUUCCAUAGUCUUGGCCUGGUGGGAUCCUUCUCAAAAAUUGCAAAAACAGAAGGAGUGCUUGGUUUUUAUAGAGGCAACGGAGCUAGCGUUGCUCGUAUUGUGCCUUAUGCGGCAUUGCAUUAUAUGGCCUAUGAAGAAUACCGAAGAUGGAUCAUCUUGGGUUUUCCUGGCAUUGGGAGAGGCCCUGUCCUUGAUCUUAUAGCUGGAUCAUUUGCUGGAGGCACAGCUGUGCUUUUUACUUAUCCACUUGAUUUAGUCCGGACAAGAUUGGCUUAUCAGGUUGUUGAAUCCUCAAAACUCAGUGUUAAAGGACAUGUGCCGACAGAACUAGUGUAUAAAGGAAUUAGAGAUUGCUUCUCCAAGAUAUACAAAGAGGCCGGAAUGAGAGGUCUCUACCGAGGUGUUGCUCCAUCACUCUACGGAAUCUUCCCUUAUGCGGGGCUGAAAUUUUAUUUCUACGAGGAAAUGAAAACCCAUGUCCCUGAAAAUCACAAAAAGGACAUCACAGUUAAACUCGUGUGUGGCUCCGUUGCAGGUUUACUGGGUCAGACUUUCACUUACCCUCUUGAUGUCGUCAGGCGACAAAUGCAGUGUUUAAAAUCCCAUGAACUGGCAGGUCCAACGACUCAUGACACCAAGCAGCAAUGCAACAAGAGGCACACUAGAAACUCUUGCCAUGAUUUUCCGAACACAAGGCUGGAAGCAAUUAUUUUCCGGGCUUAGCAUAAACUACCUGAAGGUUGUACCUUCUGUAGCAAUCGGAUUUACCGUCUAUGAUGUUAUGAAGGCAUUUCUGCAGGUUCCAUCAAGAGAUCAAACUGUGGUGGGAGUUGCCACCGACGGACUGAAUAAUCCGCCAUCAUGCAUACCUCCUUCAUCGUCAUUAUCUCAAACUCAGCAGUAGUUAUUCUUCACCCUUGUGGAAUUGCUCCCCAUUGUUGUUGAAGGCCAUCUCUAAUACUGUAUUCGUUUAAGAUGUAAUAUAGGCAUUUAUGGAUGUAUGAUAAUAAUGUUUAGAUAUAAGGGUAAAUUACAUUAAUGUCUACAGUUUGAUACAAUUUCAAAUACUUC